UAUUAGUUUGUGAUAUCACGUAAAAUUAAUUUCAUGCACAAUAAUUAGUUUUCAAAUAGUGGAAUAAAUUAAUUAAAACUUUUCCAAUAGAAGUUAUAUAUUUAUAUCGGUAAAUUUAUUUCGAGGUAAAGGCAAACUAAACAUAAACAAUGGAAAAUCAUUCGGUCAGCUUUUGGUCAAAUAUACAAGAGAGAACAUGCGUUUUGUGGGAAACAAGCAGAGAAAGUGACUGUGAGUUCCAUGUGGGUAUGGACAACCAGGAUAAAGGGAUUAUCAAGGCCCAUAAAACGAUAUUGGCCUCAGCAUCGCCCGUGUUCGACGCAAUGUUGUUCGGUCCAAUGGCCGAGCAAAGUCCAAUUCUUGUCACUGACAUGGACGGAAAAGUUUUCAAGGGAUUAAUGGAGUACAUAUACUGUGGUGACGUGGUGGUUUCCUUGAAGUCUCACCCGGCUGCCCUGGGCGUUCCAUACCUAAUAGCCGGCAUCGAAGAUCGGUACCGCGAACAACAUUCAUCCCAGAUGCUACUCUACAAAGCUGACAUACACGAAACUUACCCGUACGUACUCGAGCUGUAUUAUGCAGGGGAAAAAUAUUUAAUACCAGGUCUGCAGAAAGCAUGUACAGAGUAUGUGAAAAAGUUUUUGACAGCAGAUCGCGUAAUUGACACUUAUACUUUUGCUAUGCAGGUGCAUGCGGAGGAGAUUAUUGAAGCGUGUAUUAAGAUGAUAUGUUCACAAAGCAGGACAGUAUUCAAUUCUGAUGAGUUCCUGGGGCAGCCAAUAGAGAUCGUGGAAAAGAUAUUCAAAUUAGAUUUCCUAAACGUAGAGUCGGAGUGGGAAUUGUACGAGGCAGCCGAAAAAUAUGCCAGGAGACAUCAAUCUGAAGAAUUACACCAACAUGUUCCUAUCCCCAAGAAACUACUACAGCACAUCCGGUUCCUGUCAAUGACAAGUGAAGAAUUAGCAUCAAAGAUACCGCCUCCAGGAUUUUCCAAAGACAUUAUCUUCAGCUUAUUAAUGAAUGUCUGUUCGCAAAAUACUUACGUACCUAUGCCUGAAGGGUUUUCUGUCAGCAGGGUGAGAAGGACAUCGACUUACACAAAAACAUCAAUAUUACGACUAAAGAACAAUACAACUGUGAUAGAGGAAGAAAAAUCGAGAACUGAAGUCCGCUUCUCAGUUAGAGUGCAUGACCUAAGUGAACUGGAAUCUUUUCAAUCAACACCGUUCUAUGGUCUGAAUAACACGUGGCAUUUGGAGGUUAUAAAGCAUGGAUACCCAGAUAAAUAUCUAUCCGUGUGCUGUAAACGUUUGGGCGUUACACAAGAGGAUACCUGUGCCAAAGACUUUAAAGCUAAAUACAAAUUCACCUUGAAAGAUCAUACUGGUCAUAUACAUACUCGGUGA